AGGCGGAUGGAUGGAUGGAUGGAUGGAUGGAUGGAUGGGAUGGACAGACAUAAUGAUGAACAAACAUCCCAAGUGGGGACCAGUGUGGGGGUCUGGGCACUUGUCUUAAGAUCUUGGGAAAGGGCAAAGCUGCUUGGGCUCCUCAAGAUGGCCGCUGGAAAGCCUUGGUGGAAGGAAAGCAUACCUGUACUGCUCCAGUGACCUGGCAAGCAUGUCAUGCACUAGGCACGCUUGCCCAACCGCAACCCAGCCUCAUAGCAAGCGAGGCUGCCGACGUUCACACCUGGAAGGAUGCUCAGGAAGCGAACUGCAGAUUUCCUCAACUGGUCAUCUUUGGGCUGCAUUGGAGGCACUUUCCCACAUGGAGACCUUCCUGGACGUUUGAGAACUCAACUUUAUGACUCCAGUCAGCCAGUCCCCUGACUUCUGGCCACCUUUUUUGUACCUGUGAAGUGCAAAGUAAUAACCCUUUUCAUGAGGUGUGUUUUCAGGGCUAGCAGGCACCCGGGGAAGCACUUGGUGUUGUGAGGCUGGGCUGACAGGUGGGCUACUGCCCCUGUUUGACAAAUGAACUUGAGAUUCAGAGCCGUCAGGUCACUUGCCUGAGGGCACCCAGCCCAACUCCCUCCUUAACCCGGGCUGUAAUAAACUCAAGGUUGCCGGGCAUCGGGGGACAGGUGUUGAGGAUGGGAUGGUGGGCCCUCCUGUGUGCCACGCUCCCGUUAACUGGACUAUGUGCCCACAGGAUGUGGUCCAGCUUCAGCGAAUGGUUUUGGCAGGAGAGGUUGUGGCUGCCACCCAACAACUCGUGGGCUGCCCUGGAGGACCGGGAUGGCCUGGUCUAUGCCCACCCCCGGGAUAUGCUGGCAGCCCUGCCCCUGGCGCUGGCCCUGGUGGUCAUGCGCUUCAUCUUCGAGAGAUUUGUUGGCAUGCCCCUGAGUCGGUUGCUAGGUGUGCGCAAUCAUGCCAGGAGGCUGGUGAAGCCCAAUGCCACUCUGGAGAAGUACUUCCUCACAGAAGGGUGGAAGCCCAAGGAGCCCCAGAUGGCCCUCCUCGCGGCCCAGUGUGGCCUCACACUGCAGCAGACCCAGCGCUGGUUCCGGAGGCGCCGGAACCAGGACCGGCCCUGCCUGACCAAGAAGUUCUGCGAGGCCAGCUGGAGGUUUGCUUUCUACCUGUGCUCCUUCUUCGGUGGCUUGUCCAUCCUCUACCACGAGUCAUGGCUGUGGACACCGGCAAUGUGCUGGGACAGUUACCCAAAUCAGCCCCUGAAACCGGCCCUCUACUAUUGGUACCUCCUGGAGCUGAGUUUCUACGUCUCACUGCUGAUCACGCUGCCCUUUGAUGUCAAGCGUAAGGAUUUCAAGGAGCAGGUGGCACACCACUUCGUGACCAUCAUCCUGAUCGUGUUCUCCUACAGCUCAAACCUGCUGCGCAUCGGCUCCCUGGUGCUGCUGCUGCAUGACGCCUCCGACUACCUCCUGGAGGCCGGUAAGAUGUUCAAUUACACGAACAGGCGGAAAGUGUGCGACGCCCUCUUCAUCAUCUUCUCCUUGGUCUUCUUCUAUACUCGCCUCGUGCUCUUCCCUACAAAGAUCCUCUAUACCACAUACUACGAGUCCAUUGCUGAGCGGAGCCCCUUCUUUGGCUACUACUUCUUCAACGUCCUGCUGAUGGUGCUGCAGCUGCUGCACGUGUUCUGGUCUUGCCUCAUCCUCCGCAUGCUCUGCAGCUUCCUGAAGAAAGGCCGGAUGGAGAAGGACGUCCGCAGCGACGUGGAGGAGUCCGAUUCGAGCGAUGGGGAGGCGGACCAGGGGCACCUGCCGCUGAAGAAUGGCGCCACUCACAGGCCCGGGGCAGCCCCCAUGGACGGCCCUCGGAGCCGGCUCGCUGGGCGGCUGGCCAACGGGCACACACCGGCCACAUAGCCAGCCGAGGACUGGCCUUGAGGGCUGGCCCCCUGUGCCCCGUGGCUGGGAUUUAUGGGGUGGCUGGACUGGUGGCCCUGGGGCCAGUGCUGGAGACAGGGACGGCCCUCCCCUGGGGGAGGGGGGUGAGGGCUAAUGAUCUCUCUCCAGCCCCUUCCUUCUGCCCGCCCUUCCCUUCUCCCUUCCCUUCCCUUGGGCAGCAGGCCACCUCCGCAGCCCACCAGAGCCAGCUCCAGGCCGAAAGGAGUCCAAUAAAACUUGAAUGGAGCCAAA